GCGAGGAGCAGUACUCUCGCGCCGCGGACACGCGACGCACGCUCUCCAUCGCGUCGUCGUCGCCGUCGUCGUCGAGAGUCGUCGGCCGUUCGUGGACCGAAGGACUCGCCGAGACACUUGUCUCUACGAGGACAUCGUCCGUCGUCGCGGCUCGACCGGUCCUUCCUCUUGUCUUCUACCUUCUCCUCAGUCGCCCCGAGAGGAUGCCAUUCGGCUGCUCGCGCGACAGGACGAUCCUUGGAUCUCGCGCGCGACAAGUCUCACCCACUCCUGUCCGAUCGAGGCACUUUUCUCUCAACUUCCUCCUGUGACACAUCCGAGAGGAUACGCGACGCACGACGGACAGAGUAUGAAAUCCUCGGGACGUCGCGCACGGAUGUUUUAAUUAAAAACAUCGAAGAAGACUACCGGCGCCGGUGAUCGAGAUCUUGUCGGGAGGAAAAAAGGAGUCAAUUCCUAUCCGCGUGCAUAAAGUGCGACUUCCUGCGUGUGGUUAUGUGGACUGUCUGAUAGGACGUGAUCGCAUCGGAAAAGAAAGGAAGUUACGGCCAGGGUGCAUUCGAGACUGCUGGUAAAUCAGGAGACCGUGGAUGCAGCCGGGGGCCGGAAUCGGCGGGGCCCACGUGGGCGGGACAGGUGACGAUGAGGCUCCGAAGGACCCGGGAGCGCGGAUCACCCAUCAGUCCUACACGGAAAAAGACUACGAAGGUCACAGGGCGCAUACGGUGUACGUAGGCGUGCACCUGCCGGGAGAGAGGAGACACCGCCGCCACCAUAAACACCAUCAUUCACAACGGCAAUCGUACCCCUGCGGUAAGGAGGAUGCCGACAACGAAAGGUCGAGGCAAUUGUUGAUGGCGCGCCGAGGUCGUCUCGCUAGCAUCUGCGACCCCGCCGGCGAGAUGAUAUUCACGCCGCCGGCGCAGAGGGUGCAGUUCAUCCUCGGCGAGGAAGUUGGUGACGAUGCGCACGAGUCGCAUCCGUUGUUCUCGGAGAUGGAGGAGCUCGUCAAGGAUGGCGACGAGAUGGAAUGGAAGGAGACCGCGAGGUGGAUCAAGUUCGAGGAAGACGUCGAGGAAGGUGGCAAUAGGUGGAGCAAACCUCACGUAGCCACAUUAUCGUUACACUCGCUGUUCGAGCUGAGGAGCCUCAUCUUAAACGGAACUGUCAUGCUCGACAUGGAGGCGGUCAGUUUGGAACAGAUAGCCGAUCUCGUUCUCGAUAACAUGAUCAACAAGGGAGUGCUACAGAUCGAAUUGCGAGAGAAAGUGAGAGAAGCCCUCCUUGUCAGGCAUCGACAUCAGCACGAAAGGCGCAAAGACAAUAACAUGUCGAGGUUACCGAUCAUAAGAUCGUUAGCUGAGAUAGGACGCAACCAUUCCUCGUCGAAGAAUUGCGACUGUUCAUGUGGUAUGCAUGCCUUGUUGACGUCAGAUUUGCAGGAGCGUCGCGAACCCAAGGAAGCUUACAUGCCCUCCGUCGCCCGCAGCAGCAGCUGCCCAAACUCGAACACGGCCCCGCUGUCGAAAGAGGCGAAAGACCUCAAAGGGCCAUAUCUUCUAGUUCCAGUGGAGGAAUCGAAUUCCGCUCCGGCGAUCGCCGGCGCAACAAGUCAGGGCAGUGGAGCAGCGCUGAAUGCUGGUAGCCGCUUCCUUGCGAUACCCGGCAAUCCCGGCCAAGAACCAGGCAGCAAUGGCAUGGACCGGAGCCCCAGCAGUGUGUCCAUCAGCAGGAAUCACAGCUCCUCGGCUUUGGAAAAUGGAGAUGCUAAUCACAGGGGUAAUACACACUUUAUGAGGAAGAUACCAGCUGGUGCUGAAGCGAGCAACAUCCUCGUGGGUGAGGUUGACUUCCUCGACAAGACACUGUCCGCUUUCAUCCGAUUGAGCCAGGCCGGGAUAAUGGGCGACCUGACGGAGGUACCCGUGCCGACGAGAUUUAUCUUCGUACUGCUGGGACCCAUGGGUGGAAGUUCAGGUUUCGGCAGAGAGAUUGGUCGAGCCAUGGCGACUCUGAUGUCCGAUGAAGUCUUCCACGACGUGGCUUACAAAGCGAAAAAUCGAAAUCAUCUCUUAGCUGGCAUCGAUGAAUUCCUAGAUGCCGUAACGGUAUUACCACCCGGUGAAUGGGAUCCAACAAUCAGGAUAGAACCACCAGCCGCUAUACCUUCGCAGGAAGUCAGAAAGAGACCCAAGGAAGAGAAGCCAAAGGAGGAAUUUGAUGAGGAGGCUGACGAACAAAAGCAAAGGGAAGAAUCCGGCCUUGCGAGAUCCGGCAGAUUGUUUGGAGGACUGAUCAACGACGUGAAGAGGAAAGUUCCAUUUUAUUGGUCCGAUUUCAAGGAUGCCUUGGCGCUUCAGUGCGUAGCGUCUUUUAUUUUCUUGUACUUCGCCUGCCUGUCACCCAUCAUCACCUUCGGUGGCCUUCUUAGCGAGGCUACCGGUAAAAACAUGGCCGCUAUGGAGUCGCUAGUCUCCGGCUUCGUCUGCGGUAUAGGAUAUGGCUUCUUCUCCGGCCAACCACUGACUAUACUGGGCUCCACCGGUCCAGUUUUAGUUUUCGAGACGAUCGUGUACGAAUUCUGCAAGCAAGUCGAAUGGAAUUAUAUGUCUUUCCGUUUCUGGAUUGGCACAUGGACUGCUAUUAUCCUGAUGAUCCUCGUGGCAAUAGACGCGAGUGCUUUGGUCUGUUACAUCACUCGUUUCACGGAAGAAAACUUCGCCACCCUCAUUGCCUUCAUCUUCAUUUACAAGGCAAUCGAGAAUGUGUUGUCGAUCGGCAAGAAGUUCCCCCUGAACACCCACCCUAGUGAAACGUUGGGUUACGAUUGUUGGUGUAAACCACCGAACAUCACUUUGCCAUCCAGUUACGACAAUGUGAACUGGACGAUGCUGAAUCAGACAACAUGCGAGAACUACAAUGGCACGAUGGUGGGCGAUGGAUGCAGCGCGCCGCAUUACGUACCCGAUGUGUUCCUCAUGUCAAUUAUCUUAUUUAUGGGCACGUUCUUGCUGUCGGUGGAACUCAAAGAUUUCAAGAAUGCUUUGUUCUUCCCCUCAAAGGUGAGGCAAGUGGUGAGCGACUUCGCGGUAAUAAUCGCGAUAUUCUCUAUGAGCACGUUAGACCACUUUGUGAGUAUCCCGACACCGAAGUUGGAAGUGCCGACGGAAUUUAAGCCGACAUUGGAGGGACGAGGAUGGGUGAUCUGGCCUUUUCAGCACAAUCCGUGGUGGAGUGCUGUCGUGGCGUGCCUCCCCGCUUUAUUAGGCACUAUAUUGAUCUUCAUGGAUCAGCAAAUCACAGCCGUUAUAGUCAAUAGGAAGGAGAACAAGUUAAAGAAAGGAUGCGGUUAUCACUUGGACCUCUUCGUUUUGGCGAUCCUAAUCGAGAUAUGCUCGGUGAUGGGACUCCCGUGGUUCGUCGCAGCGACAGUACUUUCCAUCAACCAUGUGAACUCACUAAAGUUAGAAUCCGAAUGCGCUGCACCGGGCGAGAAACCGCAGUUCUUGGGCGUCCGCGAACAAAGAGUCACUCAUAUAUUAAUUUUCCUGAUGAUCGGUUGUUCAGUGCUGCUAACUCCCAUGCUACGAAACAUACCAAUGCCGGUGUUGUUCGGUGUCUUCCUGUACAUGGGCGUCGCAUCAUUGAAAGGUCUCCAAUUCUUCGACAGGAUUUUAAUCAUGUUAAUGCCCGUUAAGUACCAGCCGGACUACAUGUUCUUGCGUCAGGUGCCGUUAAAGCGCGUGCACAUGUUCACCGUGAUCCAACUUACCUGUCUCGCUUGUCUCUGGAUUAUAAAGUCCUUCAGCACCACUUCUAUCUUAUUCCCCUUAAUGCUUGUGGUGAUGAUUGGUAUACGCAAAUCCUUGGACCUGAUGUUCACGCAACGCGAAUUGAAGAUUCUUGACGACGUAAUGCCAGAGCCUAGUAAGAAGCAUGCCGAUGAUCUUCGCAAGCUGGAGAACGGCGAGGAUCAGGCUGAGACGAUGGGAUACGGACCUCCGGGCAACAUCCAGAUCUCUCUAGCCAACGGGAACAUCAUGAAGAUCCCGCUGGCGAGCAUCAACAUCAGCGAGGAGGUGAACAAGACCGGCAUCUGGCAGCAAGUCAACGAGGGCAACGAGAAGUCGAAGCAGUCCAAGUCACUCAUUAAUAUGGGGAAACAAAAGAAGCACACAAAGAAGGACAAUUCGUUGCUAGCCGACGAGACGACGAGGCUGACGACGAUGACCGAGGAGGACGAGGAUGACAGUGGGAUCUCGAUCAAGGUGACAAACGUAGAUUUAAUACGGUCCAAGGAAAGCAUCAGUCCCUUGAAAGCGAAUGGCACUACCUCAGCCGAAACUUCCGUUUAACAUGAAGACCGAAGCGGCACCGAGCGCACGUUCACGCGACACGCAGGCUUCUUUGAUCGAUCGUCCCGAGACUUUCAUCUAUUUCGUUCCCUCCUCUGUAAUUCGCGUCCGUUUCUUCUUCUCGGAUCUCUCGCGAGUCGCCCAAUAAGCUGUCGCGUUGUUACCGAGGCUUUCGUUCUUAUUCGAGAAGCAACGCCACAUUCACUCACUGUCUCAUUUCGCGAUUACUCUUGAUUGUAUUAUAUUUGUACUAUACUUGCCGAUCUCGAUCGCGCGACCCUAGAAUUUAUACUCGACCGUAAACGACAGUCAUCCAUGCACAGAGAGAGAGUCCCGACGUGUCUGUACAUAUAGGUGCGUUUCGCUUCAGGAUUCUCGCCAGUUAGUGUCCCGAUCGUGUAACUUCACGAAGACUCUUCUCUCAUCCCCGUGAAAGUGCACGAGAGACGCGCAAGCAAACGUAGUGUAGAAGCGGGAAAGAAACGGUAUUUGUACAUCUGUAUUUUGUUGGCUUUGCCGGCGCGCGAAUCGAGGGGAUAUCGACGAUAGAAAGAGAGAAGGAGCGAGAGAAGAGGAGGAUUCCAAACGUCGUAACGGAGACGUACGGUAGUUACAUAGUAGUUUUUACAUGCUAGUGACGACGGAAAAGAAAGUAUGGUAAAUUAUAAGAAUUUCAUACAUACACACACACACACACAAAACACACACGUACCCACUCCAUUAAACUCCACUGCAUUUCGAUCGAACGAUCGAAAUGCGAAUCAGCAAGAGCCGUGGUGUUUAUUACGAGUCGUUAGGGAUAUCUCCACGCUGAAACUCGUGAAAAGCGCACAUUUUUCCAAAUCGUGAGCGACACCAAAGGGACAAAGAGGAGAAUACACCGAUACAUACGUCGUAUUUAUAAAAUAUGUAUGCGCUUGAAUGUAAAAUCGCGAUCAAAUGCGCGUCAGAAUUUGAAUUUUCGGAAUUGCACAAUGACUUUUCAAGACUCUUGGGAAGUUAGUCGAGCUUCAACGUAUUCGACGCAUGGGAAAGGACAAUAUCGGUUUGUGUAACUGAAUAGAUUCGGUCGCGGAAAACGAGAUAUCUCCGCUUCCGCGAGCGGAAACAUUCGUCUGGACGUUCAGCUGUGUAAAACUCGGUUGAAAUAAGUGACGACGAAUGAUUGAGUAGAAACAGGAAUUCUUCCGUUUUUACAACCGAAUACUCCAUAUGCUCUCUAUUCUUCUUAGACGAUUCAGGCGGAUGCAGUUACACCAACAGAGUCGCCUUUUCCGUGUGUGCGAUGUUCCGUUCUCAAUAUUUCAACGUGAUAGUUUUGCGCGUUGCACUGUACGCGAACACGAGUCGCAGGAGGGAGGGAGGGAGGGAGGGAGGGAAGGAGGGAAAAAAGUGAGAGAUCGAAUGUAUCGUUUUGCCGUGCGGUGCGACGCGCGAUCCUGCGCGCGCGUGUAGCGAUUAAGUAGCUGAAACAUGUCUAUAAUUAUAGUAUGCCAAAGAAACCCCGUAAUCUAUAUAUGUACCAACGCUUCCUUCGAGGGAUAUCUCGCGGGUCAGCGAGCAAACGAUUCUCGAACGUGGAGCGGAUUCUCUCCGCGAAUAAUGUUCGCGAAGUAGGGAGAACGCUCGUUGGGGAAAACGCGAUCGAAAAACUUGGACUCGUCUCAGAAGAGUUCGUCUCUCUUCUCGACGUGCUGCUGCUCUCCACGACGACGAGGAUCGAUUCUCGAGGACAUUCGACAAAAAGUAUCUUGUAGCACGGCGCAUCGUUCGUUUGGUUGUUUGUUGCCGAAAAUUCCGCACCGGCUGAAAGUCUCUUGCGCGAGAGCUGAACAUCGGAAUUCUAUUUUCGUAAAUCUUUUGAUAUCUGGACAUGUCCAACUAGCCAUCAGCGACAAUAUCGACGUAUUCUAAUUAUAGUGAAAUUAGUUUGCCCCCUCCCUCCGUCCCACCGCAGGAUUCGCGACGAAAAUUCUCCGUGCCGCGGUGAGGUACGACGCGCAACGUGCUUUUUUAUAACGCAGUCCCUUGAAGGAUAACCGAUCUCGUUUGUGAUUAGAGAGAGAUGAUGUACAUCGUGUCGGUUCGUAUAGUCCGCGGUGUGUGCAGUAGCUAAUCGUUUACGACAGUUUACGCAUACAAUUAAUAUUCUGUUGAGCGACAGCAUUGAGACGCAUCCACGUGCGAAACCAGAUCUAGUCGAUCGAGCAAGAGUCGCUGGCUUUUAUUUGCCUCUCAAGGGAAAACGAUUUUCGCAGCUUCGAUCACGCAUCGCGAAACAGAUACUUUAUCACGCCGUACGCUCAAUUCAUGUCACACACGUCAGUUUAUCGCGAAUAACAAGUCCGGAUGCAAUUUCCGUAAUAACGCAGACGAGACCAAUUACGAUUCGUUGCGAGUCAGUUCAGUGCAACGUUACGUAUAAAAUAACGUGAGUAAUGCAACUGCAGAAGUUGCCAGAAGUCGACAGAAUGUUAACAAGUGCGCCAAGCAGGAAAAUCGUCGAUCCCUUUUCUCAAAUAACCCGCGACACGGGCCGAUAAUUAAGAUUUUCAUUGCGUUCAAAAGAGUCAGCCUCCCCGACUUAGCUAGUCGGCCGAUCGGUCAAUCAAUCAAGACACAAUCAUUCUCGCGUGAAAUCUCCACGAAAUUGGAUAAGCUAGCUAGCCGGGAGAAGGAAUAACGUUCUGCGCGAUAUAUAUUUUUUUACACGGACAGUUUGGCAAAAAGUGCAUUUCAACUCGACGCGAAGCCGACGCGAGAGAGUCAUGUGUUACGAUACGCGCGGUACAUUCGACACGCAGGAGUGCUCAAAGGGAGAAGACCUAUAGUUAAAAUCAAUAU